UUUCGGAAGGUGAAGGUUAUCCGAAAUAGUAACACUUUGGAAUGUCUUGCAUAGUUCGUUAAUAAUUGAGAUUUUUCGUAUCUUUGCAUUGUUGCAUUAUAGACAGUUCUAUUAAGUAACAUUUGACUAAUAAAUGUUAGACAUAAAGUAUCAAGUCAUCAAAAUUUCAACAAAUGCACAGGUUAUGCUUGACUUACAAGUGUAGACACAAAUUACUUGGAACUACAACAAUUGGGCUGUUUGCAUUAUUGUGUGCUCCUUUUCGCAUCAUGGCUUGGCGAUCAAGUGGCAGCAGUAAUGCCAACCUUGUGGACAAUCUGCACGCCAAUGGAAUUAUCAAGGACCUGAGAGUCAUUGAAGCAAUGAAAGCAGUGGACAGAAAACACUUUUGCAAAUUCAAUCCGUACAAUGAUUCUCCGCAGAGCAUUGGCUACCAAGUCACCAUUUCUGCACCGCAUAUGCAUGCCCAUGCCCUGGAGAUCCUGUCAGGACAUCUGAAGGAGGGUUCCAAGGCCCUGGACGUGGGGUCAGGCUCUGGCUAUCUCACAGCAUGCAUGGCUCUCCUGGUUGGAUCAGAGGGUAAAGCCAUUGGCAUCGACCACAUCAAGGAGCUGGUGGACGGUUCCUUAGACAACGUGAGGAAGGACACCAAACUGUCGGCCUUACUGGGUACCGGACAGUUGACGCUGAUCACAGGAGACGGUAGACAGGGGUACGAGCCAGAGGCUCCAUAUGAUGCCAUACACGUCGGGGCUGCCGCUCCAACCUUGCCACAGGCGCUCAUAGAUCAGCUGAAGCCAGGAGGCCGUCUGAUCAUACCAGUGGGUGGAGAAGGGGAAAACCAAAUAUUACAGCAGAUUGACAAGCUGCCAGAUGGCUCUGUGAAAAAACACAACCUUAUGGGUGUGAUUUACGUGCCGCUUACCAGCAAGGAGAAGCAAUGGCCAAGGUUCCGAUAAUUACUUCCACAUAUAUAUCUGCCUGCCAUGCUUGUGUACAAUACCAGUAAAACCAAAGAUGAAAUCUGACCGAGUCGACUGACGUCCUGUGCUUGAAUCCAGCUAUGUUAUUUGCCUUGAUCACCCGUUUUGAAUCAACCAAAGCAUGCAGUAUUUUGGCCACAUGCUUCAUCAAGCAAUAAGUCAUAUUGUAUGUUAAUAUGCUAAGAUAUAGAUGGCACAGUGUGAAACUAAUGUCAUCUCAUACUGACAUGUCCAUGCUCAACCUUUGAUUGUUUAAAUGAAAUCCUUUUGUUUAAUUGUGCUGAAUAAUUUUAAGUGUAUUUGCGAAUGAAAUAGAUGUAUAAUAUUGAUUUGAAUGACAUUUUCCAUCAAGACGAGAUUAUCAUAUGGAGGAGACUUUCUGAAAACAAAAAAAAUCAGUACAAGAGAAAAGUGUGAUCCCUGAUUUGCUUGCAUGGGCUGCAAAUGCUAAUUUAGAACGAUACUUUCGGCACUUGUAUUUAGCUCAGUUUUCCCAGAUGGAAGAAUACAAAUUGGUGAUUAUUACUGUGAUGUGACUACAAAAAAGACGGGUUUUGGUGAUAAGCCAGAAUAGCACAGAUUUUGAUGUACUUAUUUAAUCCUUUACCCUUUUAGAUACGUGUUUUGACGCAUUUGAAGUCCCGUAGAAAUCUUAAUUUAAGGCAAGACCUUUUUUGCUAGAUUCAAGUUUUAAAGGCUUGAUUUCCAACUCUUAGAUACUGAUGAGCAGCAAACAGCAUAAAACCUGAACAGAUUGCGAGUUACUUGCAGGCUGUUUAGUUUAAUGCUGUUUGCACUUAGCCAUUUUAACUUUGCUUCUGAGUGGGAAAGGGUUAAGGUUAUGGCUCUCCUGUUCCACUGCCUUGAAUUGUUUCUUAGUAUUUUAACUAAAUAUCUGGACUUCAUACAGUGUUUUAUUCACUGACAUAUAAUGUGAUUUUUAAAUGAUAAUAUGCGAGCAAGAAUGGUAUAUUGGCUUUCUUUGCAAAUUGGGUGAUAAAGUUUCUCUGGCUUUCAAUGCUUCAUAUGUGAUGAAAAAUCUUUUCUAAUGGUGGAUUAUUUAUCACAUCAUCAGACGUUUGUGGUAGAAAAAAAAACGUCAUAAAUAAGGUGUAUUUUCACCCAAUGGAAAGCAGCAAACAUGUGCAGAUUCUUGAUGUCCUACGGUUUGUUUUUAUGAUUUCCUUGGAUAUUUAUCAGGUAUCUGCAGGUUAUUUAUUUUCAAAAGAAAAAAGAAAGAAAAACGACAUUUAAGGAAUAAACAGAAUUAUAAGUAAAUGUUGAAUUCAGAGAAGUUUUUUCUCUCUGCAAGAAAAUGUUGACCACUUGCAGAGACUGUUUACUAUUCCUGUGAAAUUAACCGAGCUGUAUUCAACACUAGCCGAGUAUUAUUUAUAUACAUCACUACAAUACAGUUUUCAUCAGUUUCUUUGAGCAGGGCUCGGGUGUGCCAAUUACUUCCAGCCUUUUGUUUUUUUACCCUUUCCCCCAUAACAAGCAAAGCAAAAAUGGCUUUUGCAACCAGCAUAAAACCAGAACAGCCUGCCAGUAACUCGCAGCCUGUUCAGGUUAUAAGCUGUUUGCUGCUCAUCAGUAUCUAAGGGUUGGAAAUGAAGCCUUUAAAACUUGAAUUUAGUAAUAAAGGUAUUAAAUUAAAUGUAACUUUCUUAGGGACUACAAAUGCGUAAAAAUAUUGGUACAUAUCAAAGUGGUAAAUGGUUAAGCCAUGUGGUGAGUGCUAUAAUGCAAACUCAUGUUCCAUGGGGGUUGAAGUGAUAGAGAUAUAUUAAAUAGUGACCUUACCUUUUUAACCAAUCAAAAUGUGUCAAUAAUUUGUCAUAAUGCUUAGAUUCUAAAUCAUGCUUUUUUCUCUAACAAACUUCUUACGACUUCAGUGAAAUAAUAAAGUGUUAUAUAUUUGCAAAUUUAAAAAGAAUAUUGAAAAUAAAACCUUUCAUCUAUUGUGUACAUUUAAAUUUACAUAUUAAACUGUGAAAAUGCUUUUAGUUUGUGAGAUAUCUUCACAGGCAUGUGACAAGACGUGUACUUGAGUAUUUGAGUUCUAUUUUUAUGCCCCCGGAUCGAAAGAUCGGGGGUAUAUUGUUUUUGGCCUGUCUGUCACUCUGUCAUUCUGUCCCAAAACUUUAAUCUUGGUUAAAGUUUUGCGAUAACUUUUGCAAUAUUGAAGAUAGCAACUCUCAUGGAGCUGCACAUUUUGAGUGGUGAAAAGUCAAGGUCAUCCUUAAAGGUCAAAGGUCAAAUAUCACUGCAUUUUUCUUUCCUAAAACUUUAACCUUCGUGAACGUUUUAUCAUAACCUUUUUUAGUAUUGAACACAGCAACUUCAUAUUUGGCAUGCAAGUGUAUCUCGUGGAGCUGCACAUUUUGAGUGGUGAAAGGUCAAGGUCAUCCUUCAAGGUCAAAGGUAAAAAAAUAAUAAUUAAUUUUCAUUUCUCGAUUCAAUCUAAAUGUAUCUCAUGGAGCUGCUCAUUUUGAGUGGUGAAAAGUCAAGGUCAAGAUCAUCCUUCAAGGUCAAAGGUCAAAUAUAAUUGUAUUUUUCUUUCCUAAAACUUCAACCUUUGUUAAAGUUUUAGCAUAACUUUUUUAAUAUUGAACACAGCAACUUCAUAUUUGGCAUGCAUGUGUAUCUUGUAUUUUGAGUGGUGAAAGGUCUAGGUCAACCUUCAAGGUCAAGGGUCAAAAAUUAAAAAAAUAUAUUUUCAUUUCUCCAUUCAAUCUCUUACUUACUUCUUGUGGGGCUGCACAUUCUGAGUGGUGAAAGGUCAAGGUCAUUCUUCAAGGUCAAAGGUCAAAUAUAUAGCUUCAAAGCGUCGCAAUAGGGGGCAUUGCGUUUCUGACAAACACAUCUCUUGUUUCGUUAAAGGAUCCAGUAUUGGGCAAUAAGUAUACAAGGCAAUAUGUAAUAUUACAAGUCUAGUAUAGGUUUCAAGGGUUUCAUGAUUCCAGUCUUUUGAAUUUAAAUAUUAAGUGUUUAUAAGUAAUUGUGACUAAAGACUUUAUAUUUAUCAUUGACUACUACUUGUCUGGACUUCUUUUUGAUAUUUUUCCAAUUAUGAAUAUUCACUAAAUGCAUCUUAACUAUGUUGAAAUUACGUUUCCUGAUAAUUUUCAAUAUUUCAUCACUUAGCAUUAAAUAAAACACCAUAGUUGUAUAUGUUAUGUCAUGUAUAUAAUUUUAAUAUAUUCACAACUAUGUAACAGCAAACAUUUGGAAAAAAAAACUGCAACUAAUUGUAUAUCAUAAUAUACCCUGUAAUGUAUAUAAAUUUAAUACAUUGUACAUUUAAAACUUUGCAACAUAAAACCUAUGAAGAUGUUUACCAUUAUUGUCUGUUCAUUUUGCUGGAACUGCAAUUAUUAUCCCCCGCCACAGGCGGAGGGAUAUUGUUUUGGCGUUGUCCGUCCGUCCUUCUGUCUUUCCGUCCGUCCGCAGCUAUAUCUUGGAAGUACUUUGGCGGAUUUCAUUGAAACUUGGUAUGAGUAUAUAUAUGGAUAAGAGUAUGUUGCACGCCCAAUGGCAUUGUAUGCCAUCUGUUAAUAACAGAGUUAUGGCCCUUUGUAUCUUGAAAAAAUGCUCAUUUUAGUGUCAAAUAUAACUCUUUUGUGUCCAGAAGCAUAUUGACGGGGGAUAUCAAUUCAACGAAUUUGCUUGUUUGUUUUCAGAGUUUUAUAAAUUUGGGGAUAUUUUUGUUGCUGAUAAGUUUUUCUUUAAAUUUCUAUAUUUGUUUAUACUGCUAGAAUGCCAGCUCUGGUAAGCAUGACAUUACAACUUUCUUUUAGUACUGUAUUAACACGUAUAUAAUGUUUUUUAUUACCUGAACAGUAAUUAAGUCUGAAGCUUAAUAUAAUUUUAUUUAAGCUUUAAGUUCUUGCCUUCUUUAUAGAAAGAAUACAUUCAUGUUGCUGUAUUAGUGCAACUAAAAGCUCUGCUGUUACUUUGUUAGUAUUUUGAUCGCAUUAUAGAUUGGUAUUGAUGUAUUUUUUAUAUUUGCAUAAAUAUUGUAAAAACGUUAUUAGUUCAUGCAUGUUAUAUGUAAUAUUUCACGCUAUGUUUCAUGUAAGCUGGAUGUGUAUCUGCAAAAUGGUUAAGCAUGAAUUUUAUUCAAUUUAAUUUCCAAGUUCCAGGUUCUGUAUUUAUAUAACUUCUUUUAAAAAGCUAUGUGGAUUUGCCAAUGAUAUUUAGUUCGAAUUGCAUUAAAGCAGUUUGAUAUUGUCAUUGAAUAUAUCAAUGAUUAUUUACUUAUAUUAUAUGAUUUAUUUCUAAUAUUGUAAACAGGAUUUUUUUCCAAAAAAUGUAAACUAUUGAUUUCCUGGUAGCAAACAUUGUCAGAAAUCUUCUGCCGAGUGUAGCUUUAUCAAUACCAGCCCUUGUUUGUGUGUCUUGUUCUUGCCCUAUGCCUGUUAAUGUUCCUUACCUCCUACCCUGGUAUAUUGUUUAUAUCUGUAUGGUUUACUUAUAAUGGCAUUUUGUUUAUAUGUAAAAAGUAUUUAAAAUGCUUUGCAGAUUCUAAAAAAAUAAAGAUGUAAAAAAAAAUA